CACAUCUGCCUGUGGGGGGCGUGCCCGACUCCCCCUCCAACCCGCCCACCUUUCCCUCCGUGACGUCACCGCGUGCCCUCCGAACCCCCCGGAAAGGGCGGCGCCCGAGGUGCGCGCGCAGCGGGCGGGAGAUAGGAAAAAAAAAAAAAAAAAGAAAAACAACAAAAAAAAAAAAACCAAUAAGCGCCCGAAAAAAUUGAUCGGGAGGCCCGGCGGCGGCGGCGGUGGCGGCGGAGGACAUGGCCCGGAUGGGGCGCAGUGACGAUCUGGAUGACUUGCAUUAUCAAGACACUGAUUCGGAUGUUCCAGAGCACAGGGAGAACAGAGUCAAGGUGAAAUGGACCCAUGAAGAGGAUGAACUGCUGAGAUCCUUGGUGAAAAAGUUUGGGCAGGGUGAAUGGAAGCUCAUAGCCAGCCACAUGCCGAACCGGACAGAGCAACAAUGUCAACAUAGAUGGCUCCGCGUUCUACAUCCUGAUCGUGUCAAAGGGCCCUGGACUAAAGAGGAGGAUGAAAAGGUUAUCGAGCUGGUGAAGAAGUAUGGAACCAAACACUGGACACUCAUUGCAAAGCAGCUAAAGGGACGGUUGGGUAAACAGUGCCGCGAGCGUUGGCACAACCACCUCAAUCCGGAGGUGAAGAAAUCCUCAUGGACUGAAGAGGAGGAUCGCAUAAUCUGCCAGGCGCACAAACUUCUAGGCAAUCGCUGGGCAGAAAUAGCGAAGCUGUUGCCUGGGAGGACGGACAAUGCAGUGAAAAAUCACUGGAAUUCGACAAUCAAACGUAAAGUAGAGACGGGAGGUUAUCUGAAUGGGAUAAAGAGCGGCGUCUUGGGGGACAAAGAGGAAAAGGAAGAGUCUGGUUAUCAGGCGACCGGGGAAGAGAAAGAAUUGUCUGUGGCUUCGCAAUUAAAUGUAGAGAAUGAGAACUCUGAGAUAGUGGAAGUGAAAAUAGUUGAGGUCAAGUCUGAGCAACUGAGCGAAGCAGAGGAGAGCGCACAGUCCAGCCCCUCGUCUAGCGUCGUCUCGGUCAGUUCUGCCCCGGAGAAGUGGAUGGUGGAGUACGUCAACUGCUUGGUGCCAAACAGUGACAUGAUUGAGUCGGAUGCUGAAGGUUGGUGCGACCUUUCAAACUUCGAGUUGGCCGAUGAAUCAGUGGUUAGUGACAUUGGCAGUCCUGACUCCGCUACUUCAUCAAAACCCCCGGCGACCAACGUUACGGAAUAUCGCCUAGAUGGACAUACCUUAUCCGACCUGAGUAAGAGCAGCAAGGGGGAGUUAAUUCCUAUAUCGCCACGUCCACAUGCUGGAUUUGGAACGCCGCCAUCCCUGCUGAAACACCACAAGAAGAGGAAGAUCACCUUGUCACCAGUCACAGAAAGUGUGGCCAACAGCAGCGCGUCCACUACAGAUACAAAUAGCAUGACGCCCAAAAGCACUCCUGUCAAGUCACUACCCUUCUCUCCAUCACAGUUUUUGAAUUUUUGGUCAAAACAUGAUGCAUUAGAGCUAGAAAACCCUUCUCUAACAUCCACACCGGUCUGUAGCCAAAAAGCUGUCGUCACUACACCUCUUCAUCGGGACAAAACGCCACUGGUACAGAAGAAUUCUGCGUUUGUGACGCCAAAUCAUAAGUUUAUGGGGGAUAAUGCCCCCCACACACCCACCCCAUUCAAGAAUGCUUUAGAGAAGUUCGGGUCAUUGAAGCCAUUGCCUCCAACCCCUCACCUCGAAGAGGAUCUGAAGGAAGUUCUGCGCAAUGAGUCUGGCAUAGAACUGGUCAUUGUAGAUGAUCCCAAGCAUGAACGUCAGAAGAGGAAACCUGGGCAUUCUCAUAGUCCUAUCAAAAAAGUGCGAAAGUCUCUUGCGUUAGAUGUCAUUGACAAGGAGAUCAAGCCUCCCACAAUUUCCCUUUCUUCAGCCUCUCUACAAGGACAGCCUCAGACCUGCGAGAGCUUUUUAUCGAUGUCCUUGAACGAGUCUUCUUGCAGCACUAAAGAGAACAGUUUAUUAAAUCAGGGAUUUGUUCAGGUCAAGACAAGCAAAGCGUCCUUUCUCCAUGAAGACUCAUCACAUACUGACAUUGGAGAACUGGUGAAAACACACGAAUCCUCACUUGGGAACAGCAGUAAAAGUUUACCUAUCAAAACUGAACCAGCCCUAAACCUCAUUACGGACUCUUGCCCGAGCUUACCUGUGGGUGUGGAAACAAUCGGAAAGAUCUUCUAUACCAAGAGUAAAGGGGCCAUUCUGAAGUCUGAAAAACCUAUCAUUUGUAAUGCUGGGAAACAGUCGGCAACGCGAACAGAACUAUUCAGGACUCCAGAACCGAUGAGUAAGGCUUGGCAAGUCAUUGCCUUUGGUGGCUCCAAGGACCAGAAGCUCAUGCAGGAUAAAGCACGAGCGAUUCUGAAUUCGCACAAACACAGCUCUACAUCACGGACUCUCAUCAUGUCAUGAUCCAACCAGGACCCAAAAGGACUUGUCUGUCACCCAAGCUUAGAAGAACCACCUCACCCAUGGAGCGACAUCUUAUAUGUACAAUGGAUUCUGGUGGUCACCAUCCAGGCGUGUGCACCCUUUAUAAAGGGUCCAAAUAGAAAGAGGACUGGUAGAUAAAAUAUUGAUUGUUUACACCAGUGUUUUCCAACCAGGGUGCCCCCAGCUGUUGCAAAACGACAACUCACAGCAUGCCCGGACAGCCUUCGGCUGUCCGGGCAUGCUGGAAGUUGUCGUUUUGCAACAGCUGGAGGCACUCUGCUUGGGAAACAAUGGCUUACACUAUGGUUGGGGACCCAUGCCCAAUUAGAGCGGUUUUAGGGUACGGUCACGCGUAGUUGUGUUUUUUUUUUUUUUUUUUUUUUUUAACGCAGUGUAUAUUUCGUUGCUAGCAAAGUCUAUGUUUGUUAUUACUCUCAUAGACAUUGCCAGCACAGAAAUACGCAGCAUUUUUUUAAAAUCUGAAAUGCGCAACGUGUGACCCUACCCUUACAUGGCUUAAUGAUUGUGCCGCCAGGAUUGUUGAAUAGGUCAUGCCACCCCUUCUAUUAAGUCAUUGUGAGAUACACAACCCCUGUUUACACCAGAGAACCAUGUGUAGCCAAGUGAUGAUGAUGAUUUUUAGGGCUGCACAAUACAAAUUAUCAGCCGACCUAUGAGUGAGGGUGCUUAUUGGUCAGCUGAUCAUACAGGUGACAAUGAUCGGCCUUUUCGGCUAAGAAUCCUCACAGGCUUUUAGGUCACAAAUCAUUUCCAAGUUGCAGUCUUUUUUUAAGGGGGGUUUCUAGCAGAAGAAAAUUUGACUAGCUUAGAAUACCUAUCAUGAUCUAAACUCUCCCUAAUUCCUAACCCCCCUUAUCUGUCCCUGACUCUCACUGACACUAUCCCUGUGUUUCUUUUCAUUCAAAACUCCCUCUUUCUACCUGAUUUACUGUCUUCUUGGCUGCUCAUUCAGCUGUCCUAGUGUGGGGGAGGAAGGAGGCAUGACCUAGCAUAGAGCCUGUGAACACAGCAGCCGGCAGCUCUGAAUCUUCUCCUCUCUGUUUACAACUGCAUGUGCAGAAAGAAGAAAGAUCGGAGCUCAGAUAGUAAAAUGAAUGAGGGCAUGCAGUGAGGCAGUCGGGAGGAUGCCCUGCUGUGUUAUGAGCACAGUGCUGGCUCCUGCCUGUCUGAUUGACGGGCAGGGAGCAGUGCUGAGCUUGUCUGUGUCCUGGCUGCAGUCUGUGAUUUAGGACUCAGCAAUCAGAAAUCUAUUAAAAAAAAAAAAAAAGGGCUUGCGGCCAGGGCUGGUAGGGAGACCCCUAGUGGUAAUUUUUCAAAGUGGAAAAUUAAAUAGAAAGAAGCAUAUUUUUUAAUAACAUGCUAUUGGAAAGUUAUUCUGCAUGCAUUAAUCUAUAAUAUAUCAAAAGUUUACCUUUAUUUGAUGAAAGGUACCCUUUAAAGUUUGAUUUCAACCAAAUUUCCCAGAAAUUUGCCGAUUCUGCCGAUCAAAAACUUUUGACAUCAGUUUUUGCUACUACUACCUCCGCCUCCAAAUGAGCCGCGCAUCCCCAUACCGUGA